AUGAUUUAUGGCCUGAAGGUGGACGUGUGGGCAGCUGGGGUCAUCACUUACAUCCUGCUGUGUGGCCUCCCUCCCUUCUGUGGCACUGGGCCGGAGGACGAGCUGUUCCAACACAUCCUCCGUGGACACUUUGAGUUCCCGUCUCCGCACUGGGACUCAGUCUCUGCUUCUGCCAAGGACGCCCGAAGCACUAACAGAAUCCAAGAGGGAGGCCGUUCCAGGAACAGCCAAGUCUCUGACCAAACGCCCAAGGGCAAAGGUCACUUCCCAGGACGCCUCUAUCAAGAGCUCCUGAGGAACACCGCGCGCGCCCCCGUAGGGGAACAAGGAACAGUCCCAGACCGCCUCUACCAAGAGCACCUGAGGACUGCACAAUGCCGCGAAGGAAGAAGGAGAAGGCUGAGCCCAGGACGCCUCUAUCAAGAGCUCCAGGAGGGGCCGGCCGCUCCAGACAACAUAGACCGCAGAAAGCCUCAGAGAGAGCCAGACACGGUCGCAUCAGUCCCAGAGCUCAGGAUGGAGUGA